ACCCGCCGAUUGGCCACCAUUGUUGUGUUGUGUUAUCGCUGCCGUUCGAAAUACCGCCAAUCGAUUCAACACGUGCGCCGUUGUAAUUCGGAAAUAUACAUUGUACAGAUUUCAGGAUGCGAGGCGGUGGACAGAACCACUCCGGUCAGGACAACUACCGGUGGUAUAAAGACGGUGGUGCUAGACCGAUGCUUCAUGAUUCUAGACCGAGUUUCAACAACAGCAAUGGCAAUCGACAGGAAGACAGGGGAAGAGACGAAUCGUUCAACAAAUUCCGUGAUCCCCAGCAGCCUCCUAAUAAGGAAUAUGAGAACAAAAGAGGACAAAAUGGUAUUACAGGUGGAGGAGGACGAAGAAGAGGAAGAGGAGGAGGAGGUGGAGGUGGAGGAGGAGGAUUUGAAAGAGGAAGAAGGAGCCGGCGAAGCGGAAGAGGCGGUGGCGGAGGAGGUGGUGGUGGCGGCGGACGAGGUGGAGGCCGGGGUCAGCAAAAUGGCUCUUGGCACAACAAUGAACUACAAACCAGCCCGCAACGUUCAUUUUUCUACUACGAAGGUGGCCAAUAUACGGAUGAACCUCCUCCACCAUUGGCGCCAUCACCUGCUCCAUCGGCUUCCCUGCAGGAGACAUUGCCAGCCGCAACUUUGAGUGCACCGAUAUUGCCGCCAGAGGAACCAAGAGUAGCUGAGGAACCCCGUCUGCCAGUCAUAAAUAUCAAAAAGGAGAAGGAGCUUGCCGAACUUAAGAAAGAGUCCAAACCGAAAUCCAAUCCGGUGCCCGAACCGAGUGCUAAGAAAGAAGAAGAAUCUUCUAGUUCGUCUAGUUCUAGUUCUGAAUCCGAACCGGAGCCGGGGGAAAUGCUGGAAAACAACAAAACUAAACCGGAGAUUACUAAGUCCUCCCCAAAAGCGAAGAUUAACAAAGCGACUGCAGUUGUCAAAAAGCAGGUCUCAUCUUCUUCUGAAGCAACAUCUUCGUCUGAAUCCGAUUCUGAUUCCGAAGACUCCACACCGCCAGCGAAGAGCAAGUCGUCAGCGAAGGAGAAGGAGUCUGCCGGGAAAUCCUCUUCCAAAAAGAAAACCGACGAUUCGCUUGAGGAGGAUGUGGUGUGCAUGGGAAGUCAAGAGCGGCAGUUCACCAUCACGGAUGAGGAAGAGGACGCAGCGAGCAGCAGCGAAGCGGAGGACCAUAAGCAGGAGGCGUUGGACAAGAGAAAGAAUGUAAAUAAAAUCACUGACGUAUGCGGAAUCUGCGAUAAGAGUGGACACACCUCCUUCCAGUGUCAGAUGAUAUGCCGGAACUGUUCGGGCCGGUACCACGGUCUCAAGAACUGCCCAAAUCCGCCUAACCUUAAUGUUGUGAUGCAGUCAUUCAUGGAGUUCAACAUGCAACAAAUGGCAUCCUUCCAAGGGGAUCAGCGGUUCUUCUUUCCUUCUGCUGCCGUUCCAGCAGCUUCAGCUCCUUUGGCAACUGGCAAGAGUCCUGUAGUCAAGGCCAAAAAGGAUAAGAAGGCCAGCAAGGUGGUCCAAAAGACGCCGCAGAAGAAAAUGAAAAUAGAGCCAAAGGACGAGAAUGAAGACGACGAGGAGGAAGAGAAUGAAACAGAUGCCAGCAGCGAAAAUGAGGAUGAGGAUUCCGACUCCAGCGAUGAGCCUUCCGCCAAGAAGAAGCGGAAACGUAGUUCGAAGUCUGCAACGAAAAAUAUACCUGCCCCAGUGUAUCCGUUUCCGCUUCUGGGCGCUCCCAACACACUUUAUAACUCCAUGAUGUAUCCCUACGCGACGCCGUUUAGUUUUCCUAAAUAGUACCUUUUAAGAUAUAUGUAGUUAUCAAAAAUCCGAGAAUGCAUAAAUUUCCAUCGUAAGUGAAUGCCAACGUCGCUUUUGUAAUGUAGUUUGUCGCAUUUUAAUAAUCUUAAGCCUAAAGACAACGUUUUUUGAAA